GAUCGGAUGAAUCUCGUUUAUCGGAAACCCGGUGUGAUGAAAUGGCAAUUUCAAAGAAAACAAACACUUAAAAUUUAACAAACUAAUUAGAUGGCCGUGUAUGCGCAGUAGUGGCUGUACCGGCGAGAGACUCCAUGGCGAGCAUGAAUUUGACAAGCAACUGUAAUACUCCAUUAGUGAACGUCCUUAUGAGCUAGCAGAACCGUGCAUUGGCUCCCCAACACUAAAAGCCCCUUCCACAAGCCCAAGCCGUGCCCUCCGCACAUUACUCCCUUAGGACGGUGGGAACACAUAGCAUGGGAAGAUGACGAUGAAAGAUUAAUAAUUAGUAACUAGAGGACAGUAUUUAUUACCUUUUAAUGAAAUCAAUCCUAGGCAGAGGACAAUAUUAUUGCAAUUGCAGCUAUAAAAGGGAUUACUCAAAACCGACAAGCAAACAGAAGCAAAUUAGAAAGGAAAGGAGUGUGCUGGAAGGAUUUGAGUAAGUAGGGGUGAAUAAAACGGGAGAAAUUAUUGCAAAAAGCAAACGCAAAAUUGAUAACAAAACUCGCAACACAAUCACACAAAUCACCAAACAGUAAAACAAGAAAACACUCGGAAACGCAACACGCAAUUAAAUGCGAACGAAGAGACUAACACAAAAGCAAAUGUACGCGCGUACUACCACGCGUGGUGUGUGUGAGUGUGUGGUUGAGGAAGUGAGCUUUCCUGCAUGGCGGAUGCGGCUGAGUUGCGAAUGCGAAGUAGAAGGCCCGCAUCCCCAUACCGUGCGUUUACCAGAGCAACAAAUGAAACGAACCAUAAGCAAUAAUUUAGUAGCAGCCACGGCGGAGCAGCAGGAUGCGUGGCGAAAUGCGUUUAGGCGUGAUGUGAAAGGGCGUCAAACUUAGAAUCUUAGGUGAUCUUAGGCUAGUAGUAGCAGUAGAUUUUCUGUUUAAAUUCUUUUACAUAGGUUUGUGACAAAUGAAGGGGGGAUGAAACCCACGAAUCCUACUUGCAUGAUAAAUACUUACAAUUUUAGCUAUUAUUAUCCAUAUAAUAUGUAAACACACUCUUACCAUAGAGAAGCAUAUGGUAUAACAUUCAUUUUAUCCCAUCAAUUUUUUAAUCCAGCACACGUGCGGGGCCAAUCUGGCGAGCACGCGACACGCGUUUCAUAUUUUCAUCGUGGAUUGUAAGAUAUUUUAAACCAUGUUUUUUUUUGUUCUCCAAUCGUUUCGUUGUCCUGUUAUGUUUCCUGCAUGCGAUUGCUUACUACACCAUACCAUGGCCCCAUGCUCAAACUGUGCCGCCUAACUUGCGGUGCGCCAAUUUGUCAAUUCCAGUUCGGAAGCAUGGACACGAGGAUCGGUGUUGUCCCAUACAAUUGUACGGCAAAAUCCUCUAACUAAAGAAACAAAUGAAAACGAAAAACAAUUGUGAUACGUGAUACGAUGUUGUGCGAUGAUGAUGAAGGUGGUGGAACGGAGGUGACAGAGAAUAUCGUUGAAAUUGGAAGAAAGUGAGGAAGGAAACCGUUGUUAAAAUUGUAACACUAGAGUGGUACGAUACCGAAAUCAAAAUUAUGCACAAGCAUUAAGGCACACGCAUUGUUGCGCAUUGCACACCCCGAAACUCGCUCCUACUUGACGCUCGACGAAGAAGGAUACUCGACGGGGUCACUAUGACACAAGCAUGUUGGACUACUAUUGGAAUGCAUUGGUUAACUCACGCGAUAAGAAAUCAUCAAAUGAUUCUCACAAUCUCAAUCUUACACUACUUAAGGAGAGGAGCAGGAACGGGCAUAUAGGAGGAUGGGAUGAGACGACAGAUGUCAGACAGAACAGCCAGCGUAGAAGGGCAAGCUUAUGAGAGGCGUAACCUCCGAUUUCUCAUUCUUCGGUAGCUAUUAGCCAAUAGCCGAUCCCUUUUCCUGGGUUUCUCACAUGCUUUUUUUGCUACUUACUAACACUGCGUGGUGCACGGUCACCCCACCUGGACUUAAAUAGAUUUCUAGCUCUCAUUCGAUGCUGAUCAAUCUGCAGUAACGGAACAGCGAUUGGUGACGCGACAGUAGUAGGAAAGAAGGACCAGUAUUUUAGAACACACUAGCGCAAGCACGACACAGUAAUGCUUUAAAGGUGCCAGCCAGCUAGACCGACCUUAAGGAAACGAAAAGCCAUCAACAAACAUAGUCCGUCCGUUUGUACGAAUCUCUCUCUUCAUUUCUUCUCCUUUUUCAUAUUGCUAUGUUUUUCUUCUUUGCCGUGCCGUGGGUCCACACUUAUCUAGAUGAACUUAUGUAGCUUACGUGGCACGCUUCUGCACUUAAAACACAGAUAUUCGACCCCGGGACAUUUCUCUCUUAAUCUCAUCAUGUACUUACUAAUUUGUGGAUUCGGUUCGCUUCAGGAUGGUUCCAGAGUGCACGAUGGAUAGGGCAGCAUGAAAGCAAGAUAAGAAAAAGGAUCCAAAGCAAUCCCUCCCUUACCCCGCCUCUCCAAUAACAUGUCAUGGUUACCAUAUUUAAGAUCUGAUCGCACAUUUACAAUACUCUGCAACAUCGCAGCUUCUAUUAGUCAGACCUUUCACCGCAAAACCGCAUACCGGACACACUUCUUAGCAAGUAGUAAGAGUUGAACGAACGAUCGAACGAACAAAACAGCCAGCCGGAUAACCUAGAAAUACCGUAAGCUUUAAAAUGGGAAGCUUCACAUCCUUGCCGAAUGCGAGGAUCGUGUGCUGAAACCAGAGGGCCAGUUCUAAGAUAACCGUGAGACAGCGAGUAGUGAGUGAGUGAAAUCCAAAUCCGUAAACGAUUAAUACCAUAAAACGGCCCAGUCUCAAAGUGUGCGUAGCGUUGAUAGAUGGUGCCCACUAGAGCUGUAGGGAGGGGUUAGAGGGGGAGGUUCGUGAGACCAACCCUCCCGGGAUGGCCACAUGUUUACCAGCUUUUGGUUUUUAAGCGUUAGGCGGGAUCGGUUUUUUUUCCUUUUUCCGAUUUUUUGAGCGAAAGUACUAGCAUGUAAGUUUAUGACCGAACGGUGUAGGUCAUUGUACAGAUACAUUUUGUAUUUUACUGUUUUCAUGUAGUGUAGUAGAGUGACCCACCACCACGCGCUGGUGGAAUAUGGUUUGUGGUUUAGAAGAACUCGAAUUCCCGUUUCGUUUGUGAGUGAGCACAUGAGCGCGAAUGCUAAGUUAUUGUCUGUUCACGUAGCCCCCCACAGCGCCGAGGUGGCUACCGAGCGAUGCACAAUUGUAAAUUGUAUAUCUAACCGAACACGCGGUAGGAACGCUCGAUCCAUGAUUAGGAAACGAAUUUAUAGCUUUUCACAAUAGGCAGCUCUCGUACUAAUACGUCAUGAACGCCACCAGUAGAAGAAAGGUUGGCUUCAAUCCGUGCGAAUCGUGUGAUACCAUUGCAAGGGGAAUAUCACGAUUUCGCCAACAGAUCUCCAAAUGCUGCUCUUCUCUUCCUACAUCCAUGACAUGAUCACCUCUGGUGCAGGUGGAUUCAUUGAUUCAAUCGUUUUCGCUCAUCUCGCCCACUUUGAAUUCAUCUUAAUAUUGCUAAUUUAAACGAAACACGGGAAUCCGCACAGUUUGCUGAUUCGUUGAUUCGAUAGAUGAUGCAUUGUACGAUUGUGUAGAUUUUCCCCCUGUUCGCGUGUAUGAUCUUGUAAUUUAUUGAAGUCACUUCCCUCACGCGCGCCUUCGACUCGACCAGACCGUCGGACGACACCCCGCCCGCUCUCUACUUCUGGGGCUUUUGCUUUGGAUGAUUUUUCUUUAUUUUUCUCUUUCUCUCUCUUUUUUGAACCGACCUUUACCGGCGGCGCUACACCGGCCAGCGAUAGUGUGCGACCAAGAUUGAUAAGAUAAUUUCGUAACAAGACAGUAUUGUGUUGAGCUUAAAGCAUCAAAUACACGCACAUCAGCGAACACACACACACACACACACGCAUACACACAUAUUGAUUCAUACGGAAACCCAUUCGUGCAUCUACUUAUUAGGACUCUUUUAGGAAACGAACGGAAUAAGAAAGCGAACAAAACAAACAGGGAGCAUUGAGUAAGAUUUUAUUGUUUUAUGUCCUUCUCAAAGUCCUUGCGCCGCGCCACAGGCCAAGGAACCGGAGGGAAGGGGGGACAGUACGUGGACUAGAAUGAAUUGAUUUCCUGGUACUGCGCUCCAGUAUCGCGUACCCGUGUGGCAGCCGGCACUGUCAGUGGCCGCACCUAAUCGCCCUCCCCUUUUUUUGUAUUUGUAAUUAGCAUCUAAGAUUAGCCUGUAGCAUACUUCCAUUCUUAUUAUACAUACCUUCUUUCCUUCCCAUACUCAUUGCUAUCGCUCAUCGCGCACUCAUUCGCCUUUAUCGUUUAUUUGUGCUCUUAUCGUGUAUUUAUUAUUAGACAUUUUUAACGUUAAGGCACGCGUUAAGGUCAUUUCCGCAUGUCUCUUUGUCAUCUACAUCUACACAUCCUUUUGCAUAUACGAUUAGUUUCUCGGCGUGACUUAAGUGAGUUUGCGCAACAUGCCAGCAUUAUUAACUAAGUAACGACAAAGCUAGGGCGAGAGCUAAGAGGGGCGCAACUAUCCCUCCUACCCUCCACACCCCGAAACCGCUCCACUUUUGCGCUCCUUUUGUCCCAGUUCCCGGUCUUCUCGACAAUGAACAAGCCAGUUCCCAGAAUUUGCGAAUCUCUUUGUUAGUAAACGUUACCUAUUAGUGGGCGCCCUUUGUCCGGGAGGGGCAUAACUUGUGAAGCGAUACGAUACGGGGGUGGAGAAUGUCUAGUUCCUUCCCCCCCGGGUGGAAAGGAUAGUAAUGAUGAGCGCCGGUAGCGCCGGAAUGCGGACAUUUUAGUGACAGCAGAAACCAGAACCAUUAGUACGUUAAGAGUAUCGAGUAUUGAACCAACCCUUCCACCGCCCUCCAUGGAUUUGGCUUUUUAAGGCUUAACUACUAAAAACAAAACCGUUCGUUCGGCGGAACACAUGGCAUCCAACCAAACCAGCCUCGAUCCUCGCGUGCGCUUCGUCCAAUGAAAGAUUUCGUUCCACUAUCCUCACCCCGAGGCAUACCCGGUGGCCGCAAUGAGUUUCAUCUCUGACCCUUUUCACGUUACGAGGGGGCGAGAUGGCUGUUAAUGUUCGAGAAUUCGUUAAUUCAUUUGCUUAAACAUUAUUCCAAAAAAAAAAACACCCGGUUCCAUUGGCACACCGGUUUAUCGCCGGUGCAUUAAGCAUUUUGGAGAGAUUAAAAUCGGCUUUAACCGGAACCGAACCACCUUAUCUCAUCCUGUUAUACUCAAAUUCGUUUGCAAAGUGUGCAUACACGCGGUAUUAUUGGUCACUGUCCCAUUGUGUCUGGACCAUUCGCUGACCAAUUGGAAGGCUGGCACGACGAAAAACGGAGAAGGAUGGGGCCGCGCGAGUUUUAGUUAGUAGUCAACCAACGACACUCGAAAUGAUAACCCAAAUGAUGCAAAGAAAAAAGGAUAAAAAUGAGAGAGGCUUAGAGAUGUUUUUUUUUUGUUGGGAUGCGGAAUGGGAUGAACCGCUCUGGCAUUGCAAAGGGCACCCCAGGGCGGACCCCGCCGGAAGCAGAACGAUGAACCGAGCACACCCCUACUCCGGGAGAUCGCGGGUGCUUGAUUUUUACAAUUUUAUUUUUGCUUAUAACAAACUCCGCGCAACUCCAAUCAAUCCCUCACCUCUCCCCACCACCCCAACUUUCCCAAAAAACUUACUCGUUAGUGUAACUAUUAUGGAAUAUUUUAUUAAUAUUAUUUUUAUCGUUUUUUUUAAGUAAGAAAAGGCGUAUUUUUGCAAAAAAUAUAAACAAGUUUUUAAUUAAAACUAUUAAAAAAACA